AAAGAAUGUGCGUGUCAAUUUCCCCGUAUAAAUAACACAUCAUUUACAGUUGGGUGAUUGUUAACAAGGAUCACCCGACCCAUGUACGAGACAACCUCCGCAUAGAACUCUCUAGAAACACUCUCCAUUGACAUAUCUCUUACUCUCUCUCUUGAUGCUGCUCUAGACCCCUCCAUCUCUCUCCCUAUAAACAUCAUCGUCGCCAUUUCCUCGCAGAAGAAAAAUAUCAAAGCUCUAGUCUCCUGUGCACCAAAACAAUCUUGAAUUGUUGAUAAAUAAUGCUAUUUGCAUAAAUGGAUUUCGAAAUGGAUGAUGAUUUCGAGUUUCCAGCUGCUGGAAGCAACGAAAUGGAUGCAGGAAACGAUGUUGACCUUCCAGAGGUAAACCCGAUCAUGAAAGUGGGAGAAGAGAGAGAAAUCGGGAAGAAUGGGCUGAAGAAGAAGCUCCUCAAAGACGGCGAGAGCUGGCAGAAUCCUAAUUCGGGCGAUGAAGUCGAAGUUCAUUAUGUGGGUACUUUGCUGGAUGGGACUAUGUUUGAUUCCAGCGUCGACCGUGGCAUUCCCUUCAUAUUUAAGUUAGGAGAAGGUCAAGUUAUAAAAGGAUGGGAUGAAGGAAUCAAAACUAUGAAGAAAGGUGAAAAGGCUCUCUUUACCAUUCCUCCUGAGCUUGCCUAUGGAGAGUCUGGAUCCCCUCCAACCAUACCUCCCAAUGCAACCCUUCAGUUCGAAGUAGAGUUGCUAUCUUGGACGAGUGUGAAAGACAUAUGCAAGGAUGGCGGUAUCUUCAAGAAAGUUUUGGUUGAAGGACAGGGCUGGCAAAAUCCUAAUGACCUUGAUGAAGUAUAUGUUAAAUAUGAAGCUUGGCUUGAAGAUGGAACAAUAGUGUCGAAAGAAGAUGGGGUGGAAUAUACUGUGAAAGACGGUUAUUUCUGUUCUGCUCUUUCCAAAGCUGUGAAGACGAUGAAGAAAGGAGAAAAAGCACUGUUGACUGUGAAGCCACAAUAUGGAUUCGGAGAAAAGGGCAAACCAGUCAGCGGUGAUGAAGGCAAUGUUCCGCCCAAUGCGUCUCUACAAAUUAAUUUGGAAUUGGUGUCCUGGAAAACAGUAUCUGAUAUUACCAAAGACCAAAAAAUUCUGAAAAAGAUCUUGAAGGAGGGAGAGGGUUAUGAUCGUCCAAAUGAUGGUGCCACUGUACAUGUUAAGUUGAUUGGCAAGCUGCAUGAUGGAAUGGUCUUUUUGAGAAAAGGCUACGAUGAUGAGCCGCCAUUUGAGUUUAGGGUGGAUGAAGAUCAAGUAAUAGAUGGACUUGAUAGAGCUGUAAGGACCAUGAAGAAAGGAGAAGUUGCCCUUGUAAUAAUUCAGCCUGAAUAUGCAUUUGGGCAGUCGGGCUCUACACAGGAGCUUGCUGUCGUCCCUGGAAAUUCUACUGUACAUUAUGAAGUUGAGAUGGUUUCCUUUGUUAAGGAAAAGGAGUCCUGGGAUAUGAACACAGAAGAAAAGAUUGCAGCUUCAGGGAAGAAGAAGGAGGAGGGGAACAUAUGGUUCCGAGCAGGAAAAUACGAGCGAGCAUCUCAGAGAUAUGGAAAAGCUGUGGGGUUUAUUGAGUAUGACUCCUCUUUCAGUGAGGAAGAGAAGGAACAGGCCAAAGUGCUCAAAGUCUCGUGCAAUCUUAAUGAUGCAGCUUGCAAAUUAAAACUGAAGAAGUACAAGGAGGCGGAAAAACUAUGCACUAAAGUGUUAGAAGUUGAUGAUAAGAAUGUUAAAGCACUUUAUAGAAGGGCACAGGCAUAUAUCAAUUUGGUUGAGUUGGAAUUGGCCAAAAAAGAUAUCAAGAAAGCACUUGAGAUAGAUCCAAACAACAGGGAUGUGAAAUUGGAAUACAAAAUUCUUAUGGAGAAAGUGAAGGAAUAUAACAGGAAAGAAGCACAGUUUUAUGGUAGUAUUAUUGCUAAGAUGAGCAAGCUGGAGCAAGCUACAUCUUCUGGGCCAGCAGCAAAGCAGGGCCUAGUAUCAAUGGCUAUAGAUAGAUUGAGGAGAUUGAUUUUGGGUGGACGGUUGUCCGAAAAAGCUUCCCAAACAGUGGCUCUAGUGAAGACUGAUCAAAGAGUGAUGAUGAUUUGCUUGUCCCUGUUGAUGAUACUGGCUGCAGUUGUUGUUCCUUUGUUGUUGUACAUAAAAAUCUAGUAGUAGUGAAGGGAUAUGUUAUAAUCUAAUCUUUAAAACCCUUUGUUUUAACUUUUUUAACUGCUACAUUAAUUUGAUAUUAACGAAUAAUUUUAUUGCA